UCCAGCCCCUUCCCCAGGUCCUCGACGGGGAGGCAGCGCCAUGUUUCAAGGGCAGAGCGGUUGGUUUAGCGGUAGCGUCAGCCGAGAGCUGAGGCAGUUCUGGGGUAGGAAGAUGGGUGCAAGAGUGGCCGAAGGGGGAACAGUCAGCGACUCGCGGGCCGCAGACUUCUUGUUCAGCUGUGACGCCUCGCACCCAGACACCCUGAGAAUAUAUGAAAGCCUUGAUUACAUAGAAGAUAAUGCUACAAUUUUUCAUGCCUACUAUCUCUCUGCAGUAGCCAAUGCUGAAAUUAAAAACUCGGUGGCUUUAGGUCAUUUCAUUCUUCCUCCUUCAUGUCUACAAAAAGAAAUAAGAAGAAAAAUUGGUAGUUUUAUUUGGGAACAAGACCAGGAUUUUCUGAUAGAAAAGCCUGAGGAAAUAGCAUCAAAUAAAAUAAAAAUCAGUGAACUAGCAACAGAGAACAAAAAAGAAUUAUCCAAAAGCAUAGAAAAGAAUUUUAUAAGGACUCCAGUUGUAGAAAAGCAAAUGUACUUCCCUCUUCAGAAUUAUCCAGUGAACAACAUGGUAACAGGUUAUAUAUCAAUUGAUGCUAUGAAGAAAUUCCUUGGGGAGUUACAUGACUUCAUUCCUGGAAGCUCAGGAUAUUUGGCAUAUCAUGUUCAAGAUGAAAUUAACAUGUCUGCUAUAAAAAACAAAUUGAAGAGGAAGAUUUGAGUUAAAAUUCCUCUUGUAUACUGGGUAUUUAUUUUCUAUAAAAUAUUGCCAAAGAUGUGCAUAAUUUAAAUGCUGCCCUUUAGGUGUGAAGGAUGGGGAAAUGGGGAUGAGUUCUUCUCUUUCUCAACAUGUGUCUUUAGGAACUCCAGAAUCCUUUUGAUGCUGUGUUUGACAUUUGGAUUGAAUUUUUCCCCAGAUUAUGUAUGUUCACAAAUUGAAUUCACAGUUGUUAUGGAGUGGUUGUUAUUGAAACACACUUCUUCAUAAGAAGCUUGCGCUCUCUCUCUCUCUCUCUCUCUCUCUCUCUCUCUCUCUUUCUCUCAAACGUCCUUUUAAUUUUAACAUUUUAUUAUAUUUUUUUCUAGGUUCAAUACUGUGAAUGCUAAGUUUUAUGACUCUUAUUCUAAUUAUAUUGAUUUUUUGUGAACUAAUAUUUUAAUUCAUUCUUAUGUGUGAAUGGCUUCUGAUAAUAAAUAUAUCAAAAGUGCAUUAAUACAGGCUAUAAGUAUUACAUCAUCUGAGAUGAUCCUGCAAGGUACCUUAAAACCCUGUUAUGGAAAGUACUUGUAGACAACUUCAAGUCCAACUCCUUUACUAUUUUUUUUUUAAUGACAAAAUGAAGACCUUGAGAAGGGUGUCUUACCAGGGUGACUAAAUGUGGGGGAGGGGCUUUCUUAAUUUUCCAGGCUAGUGCUUCCCACUCUUCUGCAUGGCAUGUGCUGUAGCCUCUGUGUCAGGUAUUUCUGUGUUGUUUUGUUUUUUGAGACACAGUCACUCUGUAUUGCCCAGGCUAGCCUGGAACUUCUGGGCUCAAGUAAUCCUUCUGAAUCAGUCUUCCAAGUAACUGAGACUACAGGUAUGUACUACCACAUUAGCUUCUCUGUGUCUCUUAAGUAAAUAUUGAAAUGUAGUGAUAUCAAGAAUUUUUACUGACAGGAUCAUGCUACGACUCAAUUUUCAAGAUACAAAAUUCUAACACCACUAUUGGCAUCAAAUUUGAGAAUUUUUUUUCCCAUUUGGUAACGUUUCCUUAUUUAUAUUAACAUCUAUGGCUCAGUCCUUCUGAACUUGUAAAUUUAAAAUAACCACACUAAAUCUUCUUUUUCUAAAACAUAUUAAACAUUAUCUCUCCUGAACUAUCUUAA